AUGGCGCUAAGAAGACAAUAUACAGCUGAAACAGAGAACCUUUUGCGAGAGAAGGGACUGAAAUGUGUCUGUGAGUUAUGCGAUUGCGGGUGAGUUACUAAACGAAGCAUGACUUGCAACUUAAAGACGCGCGUUGUUCGACACAUUUUCGUUUUCGGCAGCUGUUUUGUUGCUGUGUGAUUAAAGAAAUUCUGUUACUUCUUUAAUCAAUGAAUAGAUGAAAUAACAUUUCGGCGGAUGUGUGAAAAUUUUGAGUAAGGUUUUGGCGUCCUCCUUCUUCUCGCAUUAUGUGUCGUUUUGGUAAUUUACAGUAAACAAACCGCGGCAGACUUUUAAUUUCUUUUAUCUCCCUAAAACAAUAAUUAGCUGUUUCCAUAAAACUUCUUGCAGUUAGCUAAAUUUAUGCAUUUCACUUUAUCAAAACAAAGUAAAAGGCAUUCUUUUGGCUUUAUGAUUGCAAUGUAUCAAAAACAUAGUGAAAGCAACACUCAACAAAUUUCUAUUCUCCGCGGUUAGUCAACGCUGGUCGGACUCGUCUUCGUUUAUAGGAUAGGAAUACACAUCUCAAGUUCCUAAGGACGACAUCUUAGCUUUUUUUUGACAAUAUCCCGAUUUAAAUUAUUUCAGUACAUAAGACGUAGGCAUGGGAGGGUGGAGAGGAACGGUACAUCUGCGGGUGAUCAGAUCACGCAACACUGAACACAGAACUUUAAGACAAAGAAAAACGGUGGAUAAAAUACUGAUUUUUAAAUCGAUUAUCGUGUUAUGGAAACGAAAAAAAAAAACUCAUAAAAAGAAAGAGAACUAUUUUUUCUUUCGCUUGUAAAGCUAAAAAUAAUUUUACAUUCGCUAGUCAAUUUAAAUAUCUUUCAAAGUAUUUUCAUUUGUUGGGAUUGUUUACACUAAGAGCCAAAAUGUGACUCUUGUUUACACUUAGGCAGCGUUCAUACUUGGUGCGACACUUGGUGCCCGAGUACAGUACUCGCUGGCCAAUAAUGUGAACCGCCCUUUUUUCAAGUACCUACCCUAGAAUUCGGGCACGGUGCCGGUGCCUGAGUACAAGGUAUCGACCUUGUACUCGCGAUCUGGCACAAAAGUGGGCACCGGGUCCCUAUGCGCACACAGUUUUUGUACGUUCCGGACAGUCAUCUGCUAUGUUCUCGCUGCUAAGCGCAUGUUUCAAAAUGGCGUCUGACAGGGCGACAUGGGGUAACUAUGUACACAGUCACGUAUUAGGUACUCAAAGUGUGAACACAACGCCAUUAUGUGCCAGUACCCAGGCACUGGUUCCCGUGUGGACAGCUCCUUAGUCUUCUCGUCUAAAACUGAUUGAAAAACAAGCAUAUAAUACGCUGGCAAAACGAGUCAGAUUUUUUGGCUUUAAGACUAGUACAGUUUGUUUGUUGUGGUCUACGAACUGCUAAAUCAACUGUAGUUACUUUAAUUUUUUUCUGUACCACGCGCUCUGGUAUCUUUGAUUAGGGCAGGUGUAUUUUUAGUUCGGCUGCACGUGACCUAUCUCAUGCCAAAAUAAUGGGAUACAACUCCACCUAGUUGGAGACCUGAAGUGAGUGAAAAACAAAAAGUUCUCAAUAGUGAGUUAGUCGAGAUCAGUCUAGGACCGGGCUCUAGGUUUGGAAAGGAUCAAAUCACGGGGCGGGCGCAAAGAAAGAGGCAAACUAUGAGCGAGGGAUUGAUGUCCCAUUCCACGACUCACACGACGGCGACGACAACGAGAACGCCAAAAGUGCAAUAGGUUGAAUAGGCAAAACAACAACUCUGCACGUGCAUCACGCUUUUUUUUACAUUUCUUUGCCGUCACUGCACGGGAAAAUGCCUAAUCUCAAGUUUUAGGGAGGACGUGAACAAGCGACGGCCAAAUUUUCUUUCUCUUUCUGAACUUGAAUAUGGUUCUUAGGAAUUCGGCUAAAAAACAUUCGCUUGCAAAUUAAAUGAGUAAGAGGUUUAUAUUUUAUCAUGCGCGCUCGACAGACUUUUAAGAAAAAUAGAGGGUCAGUUAACAGGCUAAACCAGCGGAAACCGCCAGAAACGGGCUUUGAGAAAAUCUAAUUCUUAGUUUUCGUUUGUGUCAGUCACCUUAAAAUUACAUUUCUUCAAUAUAGCUGAGUUCCACAUACUUUUUCAUACUCUGGUAUUGUUUAAGUCAUGUCCCAUAAUUCUGACCAUGAAAAGGUCACAUGACUGCAAGCUGCAAAGAGCGUGGCUAUCAGUUAGUCGGUAGGGAGCAGCGUAAAGACCUUAAAAAAUUUUAAAUGGAGAAAAUUUGGAAACGAGGAAAAAAAGUGGCGGGGUGGGGGAGGGGAAGUAGGAGGUCUGGAAAGAAAGAGAGAGUCCUUCUCUGUUUGAUUUUGUGUUAUGUGGCGACAUGUAUUAAAUUAAAAAAAUGUACGUUUGCUUUUUUCGUCAAUAGAAAGGUAAACGAAGCUCAGGCUACCGCAGACACGAGGCCGAAAAGGGUUUUCACUUUUUGCUGGUAAGAGGAUUGUAAUCAGGGAAUGAUUUCUGUUUUUUUUCAUCUUUUCUUAGGGGGUACCAUCGCCAUGAAGGUUGCACCAAGAACCCUCAGAGGAUAAAACAAGUGUUCAAGAGGCCAGGUAUGUCUGACGUCAAAACAGAUUAUCAACAUGCCUACACGCUUCAUGAAGGUUCCAAACCACGUAAUCCAAGGAAACCGCUGCCUCGACUAAGAAACCCCAAUCCUCCUCCGAUGGAUUUUAGGACAGUGCAGAGACUGGAUUUCAUUGAGCGAAAGCCAGAACCUCAAGGACUGUGUAAGGUAUGAGACUAGUGAUAAACUGUUUUGAGGUCAAUGUGAGCAUUGAUCAUGGUCUUCAUAGAUGACUUCGAUGACUAUCCCCCGUUGAGGUAUACAUCUAGCACACGGUACCAACCCGGAGGGGGAUAGUUGUUUAUUAAGUAUUUACUUAUAAUGCAGUUAUAGAGAAAUGGAUAAGUAUUUUUUUUUGUAAAUAAAAAACUCUUCAUUUACGUUUUAACUGACAGUGCCUUGCCAUUUCAGCAAGAAGAUAAUUUUUUACGUACUUGUAAACCCUGACACAGGCCAAUUUUCGUGGCUGUCUUGGUAUUUGUUGGUAUAGCUGCUUUAUUUAUUGUUAAAAAAAAUCUUUCUUCCGAAACGAGACGCCAUCUUGACUCACCUUUCUAAAUUGCAUCACUAUUAAACUCUGUAUGGUAUUCCAAGCCAAUCAAAGCGCGAGAAUUGCUAUCCACCGAUUUGGAAAAUGGUGAUGUGACAGAUGUAUAUAAUUGCUUCUGAAACCAGCAUUGCUUUGUAGGUGUCUAAGUUUUUUGUUGCUGGGUGAAAUCAAAUUUUGUGAGGAUGACUAGUUAGUUGAGUCAUGUAAAAGGUUGAAAUUUUAGGGAAUUACGGUAACCUAAUUCCAUAGUGACUGCCCAUCUAAAAUAGGACUGUAGAAUCCUGACUCGGCUUUAUAUACUACAAAAUAUGUUGUUUUAAUAUCUGGACUUUGCUAUUAUUUCCACAGUUUGUGGAAGAUUAUAAAAAACCAGAAGAGAAAAUUGAAGGAAAGACGGUUUAUGCUCAAGACUUUAUCGACAGGGGACCAUCCACUGUGGUAAAAAUAAAACGGCCUCAGACAGUUACACAAAAUAAGGGCCUCAAAUUCCAGUCGGCGACAACACAUAGCGAAACGUUUACUGCAAAAGUGCCCAGCCCAAACGCACCAUUCGGUGAGCUACCCUGCUAUACGGGGGCCAUUCUUUAUCCUGAAAAAGACCGCAAACAUGACGUUAAAACAUGGAACCAAGACGUGUACCGUGGCAAGUUCGCAGCCAGACCGGAGGCAUUUAAACCGAAGCAAUCUCAGGUGACCAUUGGUAUUGAAGGAGAUCACUUUUUACGGACAGUCCAUAAAGACGAAUUUAAGACCCCCGGAAGUGACGCAAGACCCGAAGCAAAGGUUCGCCAACCGACAUUGAAGACCGAGAAGCGUGCGAAAUUCCGAGACGACACUCAAGCGAAGAGUGACUUCCCAGGUUUUGGCGGGAAGAUGCCCUUACCGCCAAAACCCAUUUCACCUCCCCCUGCGACACUCCGAUUGGCUAUGAACAAUUCUCAGGAUUUUGAGACAACCAAUAAGAAGUUUUACAAGAUCACGUGGGACCCAAGCAAGAUCGAACGCACCAAAAUUUUGAAGCCCGACGAUGGAGAAUACGCUGCGCCAGAUAAGAAAUUCGCCACCACAACAAUCACUAAAGAAGAUUUUAAACAGAAAGAGCCGGUCAAAGUGACAAAGAUAAGACCCCCUUCGAAGAUUGCGCCAAGCAAGGCAAAGUUUUUUGACGAAACCGCUUAUAACGCGCAAUUUAAAGCUCAUGGGACAGUCCCCUAUAUUCGAUACGGGGAUUUUCACGAGACCAGCUUUUACCAGAAGCCUGCCGUAAAAUUCCAUCAAGACGGAUCCGUUACCAAUCAAGACUUCAAAGGCGCCGAAUGUGGACGUCCGCGAACGUGCAUGAAACCAGAGGAGAAGUUCCAGAGGGGAAACGAAAAGAUAUCGGGUUUGACAGCGUACACGGAGGCCUACAGUCGGAAGGAGCUUCCUGAUUGCUCGUAUCUUAAAUGGAGAUCUAAUCAGUUAGCCAAAAAGGCUUUAGCCACAGUUUGAUGAAGUUUUAUAAUAAGUUUUUUUAUUGAAAAUUGCGUAAUGAUCGCACAAGGAAAUUUUCAGAGACAUCGCUAGGUUUUGACGUUGAAAUUACUGGGACCGGUCGGAUUACUAAAUGUAUGAAUUGAGUUGACGUUGCUCGGAUGAUACCAGAAAUCGUAGAGUAGAAAGCUGGACCCGGUCUCCAUGAAUUAGACUGACAAUAAUGAUUUUUUUCUUCAAGAUUGGGUCUUCAACCUACCUCUUCACCAGGUUCCUUGCCGCGUUUACCAAACGAGCAAAGAUUUGGGAAACUAUUAUUAUUCUUAUUAUUUCGGGAAUUUUGAUUCAAGGAAUAAAUGGCGCGUUUUAAUUAGAAGGCGCAAAGGAAAUCAGCCGUUUCUGAACUAUUUUCGAAGCGGAGAGAUUUCGUUUCAUUUUACACAACAAAAUACACAAGGCUCUGAGUUUCUUGCCAGCGCACCUCCGAGCAAGCUCUUGACUUUGAAGAUGGAGGCGGGAAAGGGAUAGCUGAGUCAAUUGCUUUCUUGCUGGUUACUUGGCAACCUCAAUGUAUUGUCGCUGCAGACAUUUUGAACACCACAAGGGCCAUUUGGGAACUUAAGCAACCACUGACAACGACGGCGCAAAAACGUCACUUUAGAAAAGUGAAUUUGCGCUGUUUGUAACUGACUACAUUAUUCUUACUCCAUCUCGUUCUUUUAUGAAAUUUUAGCGACUUUUUCGGAGUUAAAUCCUAAAGGACUGUAGCUAAGGCCAAAAAAAGAAAGAGGAGAUCGUUGACGUGAGACCAGGUUUUCCGCAAAACGCGAAAUUAGGAAGUUUUAAGUUUUAGUUGUGUAUCAUCGGCGAAGG